GUUUGUCUUCAUGUUGCAUGGAGUCUUGUUUGCCCGUUACCUGCCUGCAUCUUGGACUCUCAGUUUGUACUAGCGGAGGAAUGAAGCGGACUGAAGCAACAGCUGCAGAGACUGCAGCAGCAGCAGCAGCAGAAAGCCUCUCAGUGAGAUCCUCCUCAGCACUGCUCACUCUCAGCUCCGCUCCCAAUUACAGUUUCCACUGUUGAAAGUUCCAGUUGGAGAGAUGCAGAUGGAGAUGGAGAGGAAAGACGCAGUCUAGGAGUAGCCUUGGAGGAUUCCUGCCUUGUAUAUUUGUGCCUCCCUGUCAGUUCAUGAUGUUCCACCAGCUGACGGAUCAAACAGUGAAUGGCAGCUGCCAAGGAGCCUCAUCCUCGGCGUGCAACAAGAGCACCGAUGGAGACGCGCUCCAGCUGCCCACCUUCUCCACCGCGGCCAAAGUGCGCGUCAUCAUCACCUUCAGCCUGUGUGCGGUGUCGGCCGUGUGCAACCUGGUGGUGCUGUGGGCGGCAAGCAACGGAGGCAAACGCAAGUCCCACGUCCGGAUCCUCAUCAUGAACCUGACCGUGGCCGACCUGCUGGUGACCUUCAUCGUGAUGCCCGUGGACGCGGUGUGGAACAUCACGGUGCAGUGGCAGGCCGGAGACCUCGCCUGCAGGCUGCUGAUGUUCCUGAAGCUGGUGGCGAUGUACUCCUGCGCUUUUGUGACUGUGGUCAUCAGCUUGGAUAGACAGUCUGCCAUCCUCAACCCUCUGGGCAUCAGCGAGGCCAAGAGGAAAAGCAAAAUCAUGCUGACUGUGGCCUGGACGAUGAGUGUAAUCCUCUCGCUCCCUCAGAUGUUUAUAUUCCACAAUGUGACCAUCACAGUCCCGCAGAACUUCACCCAGUGCACCACCCACGGCAGCUUCGUCCAGCGCUGGCAGGAGACCGUCUACAACAUGUUCACUUUUGUGUGCCUCUUCCUCCUGCCUUUGGUCAUCAUGAUCUUCUGUUACACACGAAUCCUCAUUGAGAUAUCCAGCCGCAUGGCCCGGGGGAACUUGCUGUCGAGAGAUGUUCAUCUCCGCCGCUCCCACAACAACAUCCCCAAAGCUCGGAUGAGGACUCUUAAGAUGAGCAUCGUCAUCGUGACGUCCUUCAUCGUCUGCUGGACCCCAUACUACCUGCUGGGCUUGUGGUAUUGGCUAUUUCCUGAAGAAAUGGAGGAGACGGUCUCUCAUUCGUUGACUCAUAUGCUGUUUAUCUUUGGCCUCUUCAACGCCUGCCUGGACCCCAUCACUUAUGGUCUGUUCACUGUUCAUCUUAACCAUGGUCUUAAGACGUGCUUUCCAACUUCAAAGACACGGACUGAAUUAGAAAACAACACUUGCCUUGUACACAUGACUCGCCUGUCGUCUCGCAGGCAGAUCGCCUCGAGUGGCAACAACACAGACGUAGACGAGGGGAACGACAACAACAGCAUGAAGAGUGGUUCAAGGCCUGUCCUCCCAGAAAGCAAGAUGUGAUGCUGUUCUUAAUCAGCGUUGUGCUUUUUCCAGAGAGGAGUUCGAGGAUGUUGCUUUGACAUGAUGAAGCUCCAUAAAAAAUCAGGUGUUCUUUCAUUUUUGUUGCACUGAUGUAAUCGACGAUGUAUCAUAGCUCUGCCCUGGUUUGUUCAUCCCACAUCUUGGACGCCACUGAUCGGAUUUUGACGAAACGCUGCAGAGUGAUACAUGCAGCAUUUUCAGAACUCACCAUAAUAAGGGUGACGCUGUGCAUCACAGAGAAUGUCUCACAUGCUGCUGAUCUGAUUUGAUCUGAUGAAGCUUAAAUACUCAUGUGGGAAAGUUUAAAUUUGGGUUGAACUGAUGACAAAUCCGCUUAAUGGACUAAAAUGUUUUGGACCCAUGUGUUCUAGCACCACAUCACAUUGAUUCACAGGUUGAAAGGCAGUCACACUCUGGGAAACACACACAAACACAACUACUGGGUUUUACUGGGUAGAUCUCCAGAGGCCUGUACUACGAAGCGAGUUCAACAUACCCAGGGUAUCCUCUCGUUAUCUGGCUUAACUAACCCAAACAAACGAGAUCCCGCUAUGCGG